CGUUCGGGCCGCGCGCGUCCAGCCGCACCGCUGCCCCCCAGCUCUCCCUCUCCGCGGCGGGCAGAGGGCGCUGUGCGUCCGUGCGCCCCGAGGGGCGGGCCCGGGCCGGGGCGGAGCUGGCCGGGCUUCCAGGCCGGGGCUCUAGCCGCCCGCGCCGCCCGGGCCGCUCCGGGGACGGGCCGGGGCGGGGCGCGGUCUCAGGAAGCCAGGCGGGGACGCGCGGAGGCGUUGGGGAGCGAGGGAGGGCGCGGCCAACUCCCGGAGGGACGGCAGGCCGAAAGAGCGGCGCCGGGGCCUGGCGCGCAGCCUGAGAUCGCCGGACCGCAGGCCGCCCCACCACGGGCUCUGUCCCGGCCCUAGCCCCGCCAGCAUGGCCGGCCGGACCGUGCGGGCCGAGACCCGGAGCCGGGCCAAAGAUGACAUCAAAAAGGUGAUGGCGACCAUCGAGAAGGUCCGGAGAUGGGAGAAGCGCUGGGUGACUGUGGGUGACACUUCCCUUCGAAUCUUCAAGUGGGUGCCUGUGGUGGAUCCCCAGGAGGAGGAGAGGCGGCGGGCAGGAGGAGGGGCAGAGAGAUCUCGUGGCCGGGAGAGGCGUGGUAGGGGCACCAGUCCCAGAGGGGGUGGCCCCCUCAUCCUGCUGGAUCUCAAUGCAGAUGAGAACAGCAAUCAGAGUUUCCAUUCCGAAGGUUCACUGCAAAAGGGCACGGAGCCCAGCCCUGGGGGGACGCCCCAGCCCAGUCGCCCUGGAUCACCAACUGGACCUCCAGAGGUGAUUACAGAAGAUACUCAGCCCCCACAACUGGGCCAAGAGAGAGAUCCAGGGGGCACACCUGCAGGAGGUACUGAUGAACCCCCAAAGCUGACCAAGGAGGAGCCUGUUCCAGAAUUGCUAGAAGCCGAGGAUUCCGGCGUGAGAAUCACAAGGAGAGCCCUCCAAGAGAAAGGCCUGAAAACAGAGCCCCUCAGGAGACUUCUUCCCAGGAGAGGCCUCCGGACAAAUGCUCGGCCUACCGUCCCAGAACCCAGAGCUCCUGGAGGUGGGAGCAAGGCCCAGAGGGCACCCAGGACGAUACCACAGGGGAAGGGGAGGUGAGCGGGUCCAGCGCACAAGGGGAGGCCCUUGGGUCUUCCUUAGCUGCCCCAAGAUUCAGUCAUCUACCCACACCGCUGAAGGGUGGAGUGGACACCCGCAGCCAGUGUGGAGGUUGCCUGCCCGUCCUCCACUUGUCCCUGUCCCUAAAUCAUGGAUCCAUCCUGCUUGCUGUGGGUCCAAAACUACAGGGCUGGGGCAGGUCACAGGCAGGGAGCAACUUGAAUAUACAAAAUGUUGGAUGCUGUGCCAACCUGGCCACCUCGUCACGCACUAGGGCAGCCAUCCACCAAAGGGCCAGGCAUGGCCCCUGGAGUGACCUUCGACCUUUGGAACUACGGUAUUUACACCGGUGAGGGCCUCCGCCAGCAAGAUGUGAGCAAAGCAGCACCUGAAGCACUGGGCAGAAGGUGCUAGGAGAUACCACGGCUGUGAAUGGUAUCAAAAUUCACGCUUGUGUGGUAAUAUGCCCACGUGUAGAAACACCACUCCAGCAAGCACCUGACAGUCUCCCCCACUUCCACAGGCCUAUGGACUCUGGGCCUGCUGAUUAAUCCUUGGCUCCAGAAGACAUGUGCCAAGCAAGGUGCCAACCAGGGUGCCAACCUUGCCUCAGAUCAAUCGAGGGGCACACAUGGCCCAGUGACCUUUCAGACCAGGCCACAGCCUCCUGCUCCAGGAAUGCAUGGAGACUCGUGGUCCAGCACUGCCAAAUCUACCUGGAAUCUAUCCACCCACUUUGAGAAACUCAUGGCAAAUGGGCCAUUUGAGUGGUUCCAAGGGCUUUUUCAUCAACCUCUUGCCUCUGACUGAACAACUUCCUGGGCCUUCUGGGCCAGGAGUUAAUGCCUCCGUUUGAGAGCUUACUGUAGUACACAUUGCAGUGUGCGGGAACAUCCCUAUGUCAUAGAUCCUAUAACUUCCACAUUUUACAGAUACAGAAACUAAACGGCCAGGAGGUAAAAGAGCGUGCCCUAAGUCACACAGCCUGCCUGUGGCAGAGCCAGCCUUCCUGCCUGACUCCACAGUCCCUGAGGGUUUACCACUUCUCCAGCUGGGCAUGCAGGUGGGGCUGAAGCUGUGAGCUUGGUAAGGCCUUCAUUUACGGUGCGUCCAUUUUUCUCAGUGGUCAACUACUGGGACUUUUAAUUUUAACUUUCUUCUGUCUGACCUUCUCCUCUCUUCUCUCCUCUCCUCCUCUCUUCUUCUUCUUCUUCUUCUUCUUCUUCUUCUUCUUCUUCUUCUUCUUCUUCUUCUUCUUCUUCUUCUUCUUCUUCUUCUUCUUCUUCUCUCUCUCUCUCUCUCUCUCUCUCUCUCUCCCUCCCUCCCUCCCUCCUUCCCUUCCCCUCCCCCAUCCCUUUGCUGUUCGGGAACCCACUAGACCAGGCCAGCCUUGAACUCACAGACAUGUCCGUCUCUGCUCCCCAGCGCUGGGAUUAAAGGUGUGUGAUACCAUGCCCAGCUUGGCCUUUUUUUUUUUUUUUUUUUGAUAGUAAAGCAAGCAGAGGCUCUGUGGGAGUAGCGUGAACGUUCUGUCCACACUGAGAUGACAUAGACCUUCAGUGGUAAGACCAGUGACGCCAGCUCUGGGUCCCUGAGACCCUGGGAUUCCUCUCUAGAGUGCCACUGAGAGAUACAGGAAGCACCAUCCAGGCCCAGCUCCCGUGUGAGGCUUCCCAGAAGCCCUGUGUGACUGGGGAACUUUAAGUAACAAAGGCUUACUAAGACUUCUCAAUUACCAAUGGGGCAGAAGUUUUCAAAUUUCAAACAGAUACUAGUUUUCUAAGAUUCAGAGGUGAGGGGGGUUGGGGAUUUAGCUCAGUGGUAGAGCGCUUGCCUAGCAAGCACAAGGCCCUGGGUUCGGUCCCCAGCUCCGAAAAAAAAGAAAAAAGAAAAAAAAAAAAAGGAUUCAGAGGUGAAAACUAGGAAUUCUGGGGAGAUCCAGAAAAUCUUACUUGGUAAUUCUCAUAACUCUCUAUACCUUAAAAACUAAGAAACUCGGGUUGGGGAUUUACCUCAGUGGUAGAGCGCUUGCCUAGCAAACGCAAGGCCCUGGGCUCGGUCCCCAGCUCCGAAAAAAAGAAAAAAGAAAAAAAAAAAACUAAGAAACUCACAGUUAGUAGUAGUUUAAAAGAGCUGUAAGCCUUAAAUAUUCAAAAGGUAGAAACUGCCAGCAUGUGUCACUGGGUAGGACUUGAAAGACAAAAUGUUGAUGGGUCCAAUUAGAGUCGUGGCACUCCAGAAUCAUGAGUUGAAAUUGUGAUAUAAAGACUUAUUUCUCAAAAUACCCUGGGAUCUGUGUAAAACACACAUGUGAGUGCAUUCACGUUUCUUAUUUGUGAGAAACCCACGGGUGCAAUUUUAAUGUCAGGGCCACAGAAGAGUGGACUGGCCCAGGACGGCACCCCUCAGCUCUUGGCUCCCAAUUUCUAAGGAUGUCUACCGUAAGUUCAUGUGUCAGCACUCCCCAUUCCUGCUCUCUGACCUGACACAGUGGCUCCUAUGACCAGGACUCCUCUCUGCUGUUGAGCAGUGGUUAAUAGAGGACAGUUAGUUACAGCAUGUUUCCUGUUUCCCCAAUUUAUUUGCUGAUUGGUUUUGUGAUUCUAAAAACAGAAACAAACAAUAUCAAAAGCAGACAAAUUCGCCACCACAACAAACCCAGGUUUCCAAUAAUGUAGCAAGGACUUCUGAAUAGAGACACAGGCCCGUGGGGCUGGGCAGGAACAGUGAACAAGUGAGCCAGUGUGGAUGUGGCCUCUUCAGCAAGGUCUCAUGGAGUUGGAACACUCCAGUCCGGCCAGUCCUCGGCAUGAGGCCUCGGCUGAAUUGCUCACCUCUUUGAGCUUCAGUUUCAUGGGUAGAAUCCUACCUAGGAAGUAAUAUUCUUGCUUCGUAAGGCAAUAUCGUUGAAGGGUUACCAGCAUGGCUUUGGAGUCAGACAGUCUGUGGUUCAAAUCUUACCUUCAUGACUUUCUACCUCUUUGAUUUGGGGCAAGUUCUAACCACUGGACUUUUCUCUUCUGUAAAAUGGGGACAUGGAAUCUAUUUCACAGGGCUGUGGCAAGUUUAAACGAGAUCACAUAUGACCUGCUUAAGUCAAAGCAGGGUACACUGUAUGGGUUUGAUCCAUGUAGGCGUUCCCCACUGUGUCUACCUCACAGGGCAGUUGUGAGGAUGAAGGGUAGAGGCUGGGGGUGCUUUCUAAGCUGUGAAGUGAUACGUAUUUACCUCUCUUUACUCUGGAGGUGGGGAGAUAGGAAGUUUCUGCCAGACACUAGUAGAAUGCCCAAGGGAAGGGCCUGGUAUGUUUCUGUCCAUACAGUGUGGCUGGGCUGAAGGGAAGGUACUAUGCUGGGUGCUGGUGGACAGGGCACGACACAGCCUCUGGUGAGUGUUAUUGCAAUAAAGUGGAGAGAUUAAAUGCCUAUGGCUUUCACCAUUGGGAGCAGGGAGAGAGCAGGUCCAGUCUUAGGAAGGAUACUAGCUGGGGGUUGAAGUAGAAGAGUGUUUGCCUAGCGUGAGCAAGGGCUAUGAAUUUCAUAUCUAGCACCUCAGGAAAAACACAGCAAAAACAAACAAACCCCUCUUCCCUUUUAAAGGUUUUGGAUGAAGAACAGUGUUGUGAACGUAUGUAUCCACUGUUUGAUUUUAAACAGGACUCAAAUAGCAGGAAGCCAUGCACCCCCUACCGUGAGUGAAGAUUUCAUUCUGUAGUGUGCAGACAAGAGGCAGGUCAAAGGGCACUCCCAGGGUGACCCUCCCAACAAUAACCUCACAAAGCAAAUCCUAGCACAGUUAGCAGAUUAGAGAGGUUGGAGACUGGGAACGUUAUGCCCAAUGCCCAAGGCUGCACAGGUUCUAAGAGAAUCCAAGCCUUUCACCUGGAUUGAGACUCGUCCGCAUGCCAGUCUCAGGUCGCUGAUCUUGAGUAAGGUUCCAUGCCUAAGUGCCCUCCACUGCACCUCAGCAGCGAUUCUUGCUCUUGACCUCAUGCCUCCUCUCCAGACACCACUUGCCAGCUCCUCCGGGCACCACCCUUAGAAUCAACCCAGACAAGGGAGCUCUCAUUCUAACCAGAUGGCUUCUCAGAACACCACCCUAAUCAGCUCCUUGGCUUCUCAGUGUCCCCAUGGAGGACCUGAAGUACAAGUUCACUGCUAACUCAGUGGCAUUUCUCAUCAGACCUCUCGUGAGGUCCCACUCCUUACAACGGCCCUUCCUUUCCAUACUCAUGUGCCAAGCAGGCAAUCUAGGGAUCCUUCAAAGUCAAUGCCUCUUGAUCAGGUAAUAUCUGACUUCGAGGUGUGUUUUCUGAGAGUUGCCAACAGGUCGGGGAUGAACUCAGAGACUAGGAUUCACCUUUUCAUCUGCUGGCUGGUUACUGAGUGCCCAGUGGGGCGCCAGCUUCAGCUGGUUACUGAGUGCCCAGUGGGGCGCCAGCUUCAGCUGGUUACUGAGUGCCCAGUGGUGUGCUAACUUCAGCUGGUUACUGAGUGCCCAGUGGGGCGCCAGCUUCAGCAGCUGGUGCAGGAGAUGCGUCCAUGAACAAAACAGAUCUGAGCCCUGACUUCAGGAAGCUUCCAAACAACUAGGGUAGACGUAACCAGUGUUCCCUGAAUACAAACUCUUAGCCUGGCAUGGUGGCACACACCUGUGAUGCCAGCCUUUGGGAGCCAGAGGUAAGAGGAUCAAGAAUUCAGCCAUCUUUGGCCAACCUGGGCUACAUAAAACGGUGUCUCGAAAACAAACAAAAUACACAGUAUAACUGUGAGAGAUGUUGUGAAGGAAAAAGGUCGGAGUGCUGUGAAGGAACACAGUAAAUAAAUGUGGGGUGUGUUAGGACAAUGACACUAUGUGCCCGAGUGUGGGGAAGAGAAUCCUGUGUAAAGGCAAUAACAGGCACUCCAAUGGGAGAGCUCGCUUACUGUGUUGGCAAACAGCAGUGCAGUCUGCGCUGCCGGACCGAGCCUGCCGGGUGUAGGUGGGGAUGGUGUCAUGGACCUUGCAGACCAAGGAAAGGAACUUGCAUUUUGGUGUUUAACUUUUUACUUGGAGACAAUUUCAAAAUUACUGGACCGUUAUAUAAGUGUGGUACAAAAGAUGUCUGCAUACCUUGGCUGCAAACACCCCAGCCACCUGCAAACAUUCCUCCAUUCACCUGAAUUACCUCCCGCGUCUACCUGUGAUGUGUACCCAUAGCCUGCAGUCUGAACUCAGAAUAAGUUGCAUCCACCGUGUCCAUUUCCACUGAAAAUGCAGUGAAUAUCUCCCACAGUCACGCCCCUCCCGCUACACUGAAUUUACCACUGGUCGGUGGCUCUGCAGUGUGUGUGUGUUGGUCGUCUCUCCAGUCACCUUCAUUAGCAUCCUCCCCUUAGGACAAAUCACGGACGAAUGAUGCGUUGUGCUUUCUUGCUGGUAUCUUUUAAUGUGGCAUAGCUUCUCUCUUCUCUGUUGGAAUAGACUAUUUCUCCUUUG